UUUCACUGUUAUGUGAGUGGAGACAGAGAAUAUGGCAGCAAAGUAGUAGAUCUCGAAAUCACUGAGUGGAGUUCUGUCUCGGAUCCAUCUGAUUCAUCAGGUGCAUGGAAGGCUCUUUUCUUCACCGUUCUCAUUGUUCUCAUUCUGAUUCUGAGUUCGGUUGGGUGCCUCUACAAAUACAGAGACAAUCUAACAGGGAAGAAACAACCUAGAGCAAUUGUGGGAGAUGUAAAUAUAGAAGAACUGAGGAAACAUGCAGUUGAGAUCACUAUUGACCGUGAGCGUUCACAUCCAGAUCUGAAGGUUUCUGAGGACUGUAAAAUCACGAGGGACAGUCCAGAACAUAAUUACACUGAUGAGGGAUUUCCAUAUCAAUUAUGUGCAUUUGGAGCCCAAAAAUUCACCUCUGGUCGUCACUAUUGGGAGGUGGAUUUGGCACGAGAAAACACACCUCCCAAAAGCUACUGGUUAAUUGGUGUGGUGAAAGAGGGACGUUUUGCUUCAAAAGACAGAUCUGCUUUAACUCCAUCAGCUGGUUACUGGUUCUUGUGUUCAGACGGUCCUCAUGGCUUUUACACCAGCACUGAUCCACCAGUUAAACUCUCUCUGACUCCGAGACCUGAGCGACUGGGAGUUCUGUUCGAUUAUGAUGACGGUCAGCUGUCAUUUUACAACGUCAACGAGAGAAAACAUCUCCUGAUCAUCAGCAGCAGAUUCUCUGGAUCAGUCGUUCCUCUGUUCAAUCCUGGAGCAGGUGAUCAGAGUGCACUUGAAAUCCUGAAUUGCCCAAUAUUUGUAGAGUCAAGUAAACUUUUACUGAUUUAUUAGGAGCUCAGACACCUGACUGACCAUUGCAGUGUUUUAAACUGGACAUAAAGACGACAAAAACACUAACCGUCUGCCAAUCUCAAGAUCAGAGGUUUGAUUCCCAGUCUACUUACAUGACGUAUCUCUGGUAUUUGGUCAAAGUGUUCAAGUGGUCGUAAAAACCUCAAGUGUUGGACAUCUCAGUGCUGGAGGUUUAGCUCCAAACCCAAUGAAACACACCUGACGUCUCUAACCAAUGUCUUCAAGAUUACUAGAAAAUCUUUCCUGAUCAUAUAUUUAUGGGUCAUAUAGAUACUUCUAUGUUCUGAACUAUGUAUGUGUAUGUGCAUGUGGGAAAAUCGUGUACAGUAUUGCUUACCCUACAUUACUUUUCACACUAAACAGUGGAAUAAUUGAACAGAAUAGAUGUGAAUGUACAUGUAAUGGUGCACAUUCAGCUUCUGUCUACAGAGAUGAUGAGGUGAAUUGUUUUACAGUCUUCAGCAUAUAAUAAAGGGUCUUUCUCAAGCACCGAACUCUUCCAUAAUGGGGACUGGGACUGUUCUAAUAUGGUAUAAAGCACCAUUGAAGUAUUAUAACAGUAUUCAAUAUGACCUGUGUGCUUUAUUCUAAGUGUUCCGAAGAUGUAUUUUACUAAAUUGUUUUCCAUACUACAUCAUUGUUUUAGUCUGCUGAUAGUUAAAAUAACCCAGAAUUAGAUUUUUUAAACCAUGAAAAACCAUUUAGCAGCUCUUCAGAAUUAGCAGUAUAAAUAAACGUGAGCAAUAAGAACAGACAUACAGUAUAUUAGAAAAAAUAUAUACAAACUGUAAGCAUACACAAACAAAUGAGCAAUAUAGACAAGCAAAGACAAAUACAAAUGACCAAGGCAUAAAUACACAAUGAGAAUAGGAUUAAGUACAAAUACAAGCACAAUGUGCUAAACAAAUGAGGUAGUGCAAAGUGCAACACAGUAAUAUAGCGGGGGAGAACACUUAUUGCUCAAGUAGGAGGUUUAUAGCACAAGUCCAAGGGAUGAAGGGGUUUAUACAACCAGGUGAGGUCAGAUGAGAUGUACAGUCCAAGAAAGUCUCUCUACCUCCUCAUAGGGCUGGGUAUCGA